UGCAGGACUGACACCGAACACAACCGUUGACCUAAGUUCCAACAAUAUUACUGCACUGCCUGAGAAGAGCUUUCGUCCCAUCAUGGAGGUUUUAUCGCUCGGACAUGGAAUUCUCAUCCUCCAUAAUGAAAAUUAUUUCAGUUGGAGCAAUCCCAUCUAUUGUGAUUGUGUAGCUGGUUGGCUUGUAGUUAAUCCGAAUUUCCUCAGCAGAGUGAAAGUGAUAUGUAACAAUGGAACGAAAUUUCAAGAAUUGGACUUGGAUGCAUUGAAAAGUUGUCCCGCUCCAUGUCCAUACAUGUGUGUAAGUGCCCAAUUAUAUUCUCUCUGCCGGCCAGGAACAGAAAUUUUCUCGAAAGUGGACAAUUGUCGACAUGGGGAGCUAUGCUGCCAGCCAAUGAUGACAACAAUGAAGACAACAAUGAUGACAACACCUAGACCAGCAGGUAUGAUACUUCUAAUAUAUAUAGACGAUCAUGUACCAGAGAACUGGCUUCACGUGUCUCUUCCAGUCAGUAGUGAGACCAGAUGCAGUCGACUUGCUGACAUAGAACAUGGACAUUUUAUAAUAAAAUCCUGUCCAAGUAUCGGCAUGAGGAUAGUUGAUGCCACUCUACCUGAAGAGGUUGGCAAAAACAACACAGAAUGCAUUAAACACGGUAGGUAUGAAACUGGAACCGUUGUAGAAUACGAGUGCAACCAGUAUUAUAUUCUCAAGGAAUCACGGCGUCGGAUUUGCAAAAUGAACGGACAAUGGAGUGGAAGAAAUCAAUUCUGUGAGCCGGGUUGUGGGAAAAGAGUGCCACUGGGUUUGUCAGCAGGUGGAAAACCUUCAGUAAUUGGAAAGUGGCCUUGGCAAGCGGCCAUUUAUGACGUCAAGCGUGAGCUCCUCAUUUGUGGAGGGGCACUCAUACGAGAAGACUGGGUUCUGACCGCCGCUCAUUGCCUCGCCGUGGAUGGCACUGCACGACCUCGGCCCAAAGAAGAUUUCCUCGUUUAUUUAGGAAAACAUUAUCGUAAUGACUCCUUGGACGACGAAUUUGUAGAAAAGAGGAAGGUUUCUACGGUCAUCCUUCAUAGUGGCUUCAACCGAUACAACCUCGACUCUGACAUUGCCUUGUUGAAACUAAGCCACCCAGUAGAGUUGACCGAGCGGGUGCAAUUGAUAUGCCUUCCGACAUAUCAGUUCCUUCACUUCUCCGAGACAAAUCUUCAGAAUGGAAAUAUAGGAUGGGUGGCUGGGUGGGGUGCAAAUGGUUCGGAUAUCCCCAGUGAUGAAUUGACGGAGAUUGAAAUUCCAGUUUUAUCAAAUGCCAACUGUCAUAGAGAGACCAUAAAACGAAAGGGGAAAGACUCCACACGAACACUUAACUGGCAGUCUUUUUGUGCCGGCCACGACGAGAAAACUUCUGAAGGUUUCCAAUUGGUGUGUUCUGGGGAUUCAGGAAGUCCGAUGGUCUUCUAUACUCAGGACUUGAGGCAAUGGCAGAUUGAAGGAAUCGUGAGCCACUAUCUCAGCUGGGAGCCCUGCUCCAUGAAGCGUCCAGGCGAAUAUGGCAUUUUCACUAGAGUCAACCGAGGUCUAAAAGUAAAAUCCACAAAACACAUGAUGAGAGUGGAGAGGCAGAGGUCCCAGCAAAGGAGGAAAGCUCAUGAAGGUACUAGUGAAGUUGCUCCAUUGCAUAGCAAGAAGUUGAAGACAAGGCAAAGUGCUAGCUCUGGUUCUAGUACUGCUGGUUCAAGUGAGGACAUCCUUGCUGCUGUGGACUCUGAUCUGCAUUCUUCAGCACUAUCAAGUAGAGGGCCCUCAGUUGAUGCUGAUGUGAGGUAUUCAGUCUUCUCAAGCUCAAAGGCUGCCUCAUCUUCCAUGUCUCAAGGUCAUCCUUUUGCUCGAUCUUCUGCUGGAGGCUCAUUGCCUCUCAUGAGACAUUCUCCUAAGAGUGCAGGUAAGACUGUGGCCCCUGGCUUACCAGAGCCACUGAUCAAAUUGAUUGUCCACAUUCAUGAGACUACAAGAGAGAAUCAUAAGCUCCUGAAAUCCCUUCUUGAAGUCAUUGAGAAAAAGCCAUUUGAUUUUGGAUCUCAUACUGAGCCUCCAUUCAGCUGUCCACAGCUCCCUGUAUUGGAUGAGGAGGGGUUGGAGAAACUGGAGCUGUGUCUUUCUGAUCAAGAUGAUAGAGAACAAAUGGUGGGCUGCACACAUCUAGUGAUGCCUCUAUCCAGGCCUGAG